UCUCGUUAGACUUUCGCGCAUGUACGAUUUCUGAAUUGCGCUACAAUGUGCGCUUUGAACCUUGAUAUUGGUUCUUUCGAGAAACGGAUAGGUAAAUUGUACGCAGAUUGGGAGGACUCCAAAAGUCAACUUCACGAUGUAGAGUCCAUAGCUGUACCAGCAGGAAAAGUAGACAGUGUAUACGGGAAAACUCUGUCACUACACAUGUGGCUUUUUGGUUAUGAGUUACAAGAUACUGUCAUUGUAUUUAACAAACAGUCGAUGAUUGUUUUGUGUGGGAAAAAGAAGUUAGAUUUCUUGCAUCCAUUAGAAAACCGCCAGUUUGGUAAUCAUACAGUUGUUCUGAUACCGAGAAACCCGGCUGACAAAGAUAAAGCAGGAAUAAAGAAACUGAUUGAUGGUAUCAAGUCCGGUGCAAAGAGUAAUAAAGUGGGUCAUCUGGCGAAGGAUAAAUUUGUAUCGGAGCUAACUGAGUCUUUUAUGGAAUCCAUGAAACAAGAGAACUUUCAACUUGUCGAUAUUUCUAAUUCAAUAAGUGAAAUCCUGGCUACUAAAGAUGACGCAGAAUUAGCGCUGUUGAAAAAGGCUUGUGAUCUUACAUGCAAUCUUUUCACUAAACAUUUAAAGGAGCAAAUUAUGGACGUUAUUGAUUCAGACAGAAAAGUUAAACAUGAAAAGCUUUCUAGUGGUUGUCAAACCGCAAUAAAAAAUUCAAACAUUUUAUCUGGUUUGGAUCCUGACAAUGUGGAAAUGUGUUAUGAUCCGAUUAUUCAGAGUGGCGGAACAUAUAAUCUUAAAUUUAGCAUUGAAAGCGACACCCGUGUUCUUCAUUUCGGAAUUAUUAUUUGCUCCUUAGGAGUACGUUAUCAAUCUUAUUGUUCAAAUGUAAUUCGUUCACUUAUGGUCAAUCCAACAGAUGAACAAUCAGCUAAUUAUGCUUAUUUACAUGAUCUAUUUGAUUGGUGUAUAGAACAAAUUAAACCGGGUGUUAAAAUAUCAGAUUUCUGUCAAGCUAUUUCUAAUAAAGUGUCAACAGAACGUCCUAAAUUAGCUGAAAAUCUCCUACGCAAUUAUGGAUUUGUAACAGGAAUUGAAUUUCGUGACAGUAAUUUAUUAUUAUCAACUAAAUCCACAUCAACAUUUCGUCGAGGAAUGACAUUGAAUUUUAAUUUAGGCUUUCAGAAUUUAAUUAAUAAUCUUGGUAAAUCUCAAGCUGAAAAAAAUUAUGCUCUAUGGUUAGGUGAUGUAUUAGCUGUGGGUGUUGGAAGUACUGGAGAGAAUUUAGUAUAUACAUUAUCUGCUAAACGUCGUCCAAAAUCAAUCAGUUUGUAUAUCAAAGAAGAAGAAGAAGAGGAAGAGGAGGAGGAUGAAGACAAUGCAGGCGAUGAAGAUGAUGAGGAAGAAGAAGAAGUGAAAAGUAAACAUGAUUCUAGUCGAGGAAAACGUUCACAGAAUACACGUUCAACUAAUGGAACUAGUUCCAUUGCUACUUCUAAAAAACAAUCAAUUCCAAAUGGAGAUAGUAAUGUUGGUGUAAAUGCUGCACAAGAAUUAUUAGGUCGUGGACAUCGUCGAGCUAUUAUUGAACAGAAAACACGAAGUGAACAAACUGCUGAAGAGAAACGUAUGAGUCGUCGAAGAGAUUUAUUUCAAGAACUUAUUAGAAGUUCUACUAAUCGUUUAACUGGAUUAAAAACUGAUACAAAUUUAGACACUAAAAUGAAGUCGAGCAUUGCAUAUAAGGGAGCUGGUCAAAUGCCUAAAGAAGAUGAUGUACGUAAACUUCGUCUAUUUGUUGAUAAAAAAUAUGAAACAGUGAUUUUGCCCAUCUUUGGAUUGCCUACACCAUUUCAUAUUAGUACAAUAAAAAAUGUCUCAACAUCAAUUGAAGCGGAUUAUACAUAUUUACGUAUAAAUUUUCAUCAUCCCGGUGCAUUAGUCGGUGUAAAAGAUACAGCUAAUUUUCAAAGUCCUGAAUCAACUUAUGUAAAAGAGAUGACAUAUCGUGCUUCCAAUGUACGUCGACAUGGUGAAGUUAGUAUACCAUCAACUAAUUUAAAUAAUGCAUAUCGUAUUAUUAAAGAAGUAUUAAAACGUUUUCGUUCACGUGAAGCCGAAGAGAAAGAACGUGCAAAUCUUGUUGAACAAGAUGAUCUUGUUGUGGAUCAUGCAAAAGGUUCUUUUCGUUUAAAAGAUUUAUACAUUCGACCAAAUGUUGCAUCGAAAAGAAUUACAGGUACAUUAGAGGCACAUUCAAAUGGUUUCCGUUUCACUUCAGUUCGUGGUGAUCAAGUGGAUAUUUUGUAUAAUAAUAUUCGUCAUGCAUUCUAUCAACCAUGUGAUGGUGAAAUGAUUAUUUUAUUGCAUUUUCAUUUAAAGAACGCAAUUAUGUAUGGCAAGAAAAAACAUACUGAUAUUCAAUUCUAUACAGAAGUUGGUGAAUUAACUACAGAUUUGAGUAAAACACAUUCACGUAUGCAAGAUCGUGACGAUUUGGAAGCGGAACAAAGAGAACGUGAAAUGAGAGAACAAAUUAAAACAGCAUUUCGUUCAUUUGUAGAUAGAUCAGAAAAUUUAGCACGUCGUUAUGAUUUAGAAUUUGAAACACCAUUCCGUGAAUUAGGAUUUCAUGGUUGUCCUUUCCGAUCAACUGUCCUGUUGAUGCCUACAAGUAGUGCAUUAAUUAGUGUUGUUGAAUUGCCAGCAUUUGUGGUUACACUGGAAGAAGUGGAAUUUGUUAUGUUAGAACGUGUCAGCCUAUCAAUUCGUACAUUUGAUAUGGUAUUUAUAUUUAAAGAUUAUCAUAAAAAACCAGCAAUGAUUAAUUCUAUACCAAGUACUGCAUUAGAAUUAGUUAAAGAAUGGUUAUUAUCAUGUGAUAUCUUUUAUGCUGAAGCAUCGAAAUCGCUGAAUUGGCCUAAACUAAUGAAAACUAUUCUUGACGAUCCAGAAGGAUUUAUUGAACAAGGUGGUUGGUCAUUUAUAUCACCAGAUGAAGAUGAUGAUGAAGAUGAAGAGGAUACAGAAGAUGAAGAUGAAAAUUAUGCUCCAUCAGAAAGUGAAUUAUCUGGUGAUGGUGAAGAAGAUGCAAGCGGUGAUGAAUCUAGUGGUGAUGAUGAAGAUUGGGAAGCUGAAGAAGAUUCUGAUGAACCAGAAAGUUUAGAUUCUGAUGAAUCUGAAGGAAAAGAUUGGGAUGAAUUAGAAGAAGAAGCUAGAAAAGAGGAUGCUAAAAUUGAAAUGUCCGACACAGUACACCCGAAAAAACGUCCACGAACACAUAGUUCAUCACCAGCAUCACAUAAGAAAUCUCGUCAUGCAACAAAAUCACCAAAUAAGAAAAAUAGACGUUGAUGAGUACUCCCGUUUUUUUUCUUCUUAUUCUGACGAAAUUAUACUGAUGGAGAAGCAUUUGUUUUUUUCCUCUUGAACUAUCUCUCUCCUAGGCAAUAAUAAUAAUAUCUAUUGUACAAAACAAUAUUUACUAAAUAGAAUGUGCACAAUCUUUUGUUUUUGAAAAAGAAGUAUACGAAACAGAUAUACCAACUAUUAUUACUAUUAUUAUUAUAAUCAUUCUGUAUGUACAAUCUUUCAUUUUCCUGUCAAAUUUUACCGUUAUACUGUUUAAAAUUCAUUACGUAUGUGUAUCUGUACUUUAAGUUAUUAUAUUUUUGGUGAUUGACGUUAUGGUUUCACAUAAAAGGCCCUGAACCUCAAAACUGGUAUCUAAUGUUAAAGUUGUCUGUUCUACUAAAUAAGAAAUAAUUCGAAUUGUCA